AUGGAUGCCUUUCUGGUGUCCGAUGGAAUUGUAGCCAAAACUUUCAAGAUCUGCAGAAUGGAUUUCACGGACUUGGGGCAGAAAGACUAUCAAGAAGCUUCUAAUUUGGAACAGUUUGUGACUCGCUUUCUCCUGAAGGAAACACUGAACCAGCUCCAGUCUCUCCAGGCCUCCCUGGAGUGUGCCAUGGAAACCACAGAGGAGCAGACUCGGCAGGAAAGACAAGGUCCAAUAAAACCAGAAGUGCUCUCAGUGCAAUGGCCAGGAAAACGCUCAGCUCGAAGGCUUCAAAGGAACAACAGCCUAUCACCCAGUAACCCUCAGUUUAACACAGGCUGGAUUGAGGAAGAGAGCCAGUGGAUGACCCAGAUAAGCAGACUUCAGAAGCUGAUUGACAGGCUGGAAAAGAAGGACUUAAAGCUUGAGCCAUUUGAAGAAGAAGUUUUGGAAGAAAAUGCAAGAUCUCACAUAAUGAUCGUUCAACGUCAAAUGUCUGUGAUAGAAGAAGAAAUUGAGGAAUUCCGGCUUGCUCUGAAGCAGUAUGUGGAGUCUGCUUCUGCUCAGAGUGGCUGUUUGCAUGUUUCCAUACAGAAGCUUCCAAAUGAUUCCCGCUUCAUUAUUUAUGAGUUCUGGGAGAACAGCAACAUCUGGAAUAGCCACCUUCAAAUGAAUUACAGCAAGACAUUCCAAAGAAGUAAUGUGGAUUUCCUGGAAACUCCAGAGCUCAUUACAACAAUGCUAGUCCCUGCAUCGUGGUGGGUCCUCAAUAACAACUAGAAGCUGUGAUUCCAAGUAAUUAUGUUUUUCACUACAAUAACAUUGAUUUAACAGUGUACUGGUGUGCCGGGUUAGAGGUUUAUCACGCAAUACUGCAGUACUAUGGAUGUAAUCUUUUCUGUUCUAAAAUAUGGGAAAUCACGUUUACUGCCUUCUGUUCUUGUGAUCAGUUUAGUGAAAUAAUGCAUUGUAAAAGCUGAAAAAAAGACAAAACUAAGCUCAACUGUUAACUGUGUAUAUUUAGUCCUGUCAUAGAAAAUUGCAUCUUGAUUGGUGUGACUGAGUAUUUGUGAAUACUUUUAGUCUCGCAUUAAUCAACAAUUGUUACUUAAUGCUGCUGUUUUCUCCUUGUACAGAAGAAACAGGUAUAAAGUUGAAAACACAUUUCCAUAAAUGUCUAAUUUAGGAGAAUAAAUGAAUAAUUUGUUCGUGUUAAUACUAUCAUUCAGGAAAUUUUUUGCCCAAGAAAAGACAAGGCAGAAGCAUUUUCUCUUAAGAGCCCCUACGGCCCCUGCCCUCUCCUCUGCCUCGCAAGAAGAAAUGUGUAUCUGCGGGCCAAACUGCUUUGGAUCCACAGGUUUAAUGUUUCACAGCUCAUUUGCUUUGAGCUUGGUCUUGAACAUUUAGAAAAUCAGAGCAACUCCUAAAACUCGCUGUUCACUGAGGAGUCAUUAGAGAAACCACUGCUAGAGCAUAAAUAACCAUAAAUCUGGAAGCACAAAUACUUUCCUCCCUAAUGAGACUUCCUGCUGUCCCUUUGGCAUCUGAGCAGUACACGUCACCCAGCCAUGGAAGGAAGUGACUAGUGUAACCUCACCCCCCAGUGGCAGGUUGAUAAGCUCUACAAACUAAAAUAUCACUAUCUUCACUCAUGGAGCAGUUCCAGGUUAUAAACAGUUGCCAAAAAUAACUUGAAAGUCACAGUCAAUAGAAUAUCCUCCUCCUUGUAGUGUUUCUCCAUUUUUAUUUCAGCUAAAUAUUCAGGAUAUUUCAGCUAAAAUAUUACCACGUAUAAAAAGCAAGCAAUCUUCAUCGCAGUAUGGUUCUGUAAUCCAGAGGCUACAGCUAAGACUAAACCUGAAAAAUGUCACAUAUAGGCACUUGCUGGGGAUCAAGGCAUCUUAACUACUAUAGUAUCAGUGGAGUUCUGAGGGUGAAUUACUCACUUAAACAAAGGCAUCUAGUACCUGUGAGGUACUCCAGAAUCCUCCAACUUGCCUCUAGCUCCCAGCUGAGGACACAAGCUUCCUAUAGGUUGUGUGUCACACAUGCCAGCCCCAUGCAACUGCUUCAACUAUCCUAUAUGUCUAAGUGACAUCAGAUAUCUAAACUUAGGUGUGCACAACAGAUCCAAAUUUUACCUCUAGAUCUUUCAGUAUCUCAGCAAAAUUAAAUGUUUUUAAUAUUUUAAUCCAAGGCUCUCCUGUAUUGGAUUAGUAUCAGCUGCAGCUUUCUUUUCACCCCUAGCUCCUUUAUCACUAUUAUUUAAGAAAAAAUAAAACCAGGUCAUAUCCUCCUUUAAUGGCACAGAUACUAUUAUAAACACAGAAAUAUGUGAUCCAGCUACAUAUCUUCUUAAAGGGCAUCCUAACGUCCACAUUACAGUCUUGAGAUGAGAAAUCAGCGAAAACUUUAAAUCUUUCUUGCUUUUAGCAAAAUAGAAGACAAAACACUAGUUUUCCCUUAGAUCUAGUUGACUUUUUUUACUUUGCCACAACGUCCAUCUGGUGUACUGUGUAUUUCUUUUCACUACUGAUCUAGCAAUAAAAAAAUACAGUGACACAUGACACUGCUAGAGGCUAAACUGGUACUGAAAACCAACACUGUACAGUCAGGUUUAUUAUGUUUUUCCAGUUGUAAGAAGUUAUCUGCUUAGAGGUGCUGGAGCAGAGAAAGUCACUCUAGUAGAUGCCACACAUCCUCCUAGUAGAAAUUCUCCACUUGUUUGCUAGUAAACAAACACUUGCAUGAAUCAUAAAAACUUGUAUAUCACUUAAGAGUUUUGAGAGUUAUACAAUGAAAUUGUCUCCGACACAUAAUGGGGAAAAAGAUCAACCAAACUCUAAGACUCCCAGAUGAAAAACAAACAUACUCAAAAAAGAUUUUUCUCUUCAACAUUAGUUACUGUAUGAGGUUUACGUGGCAAGAUUUUAGUAGCACAGUUGGCUUCUAUGAGCAGAGCCCAGCAGCUACCCCACAUCAGACAAGAGCCAGCUCUAGGUGGCUCUGAAAGGGAUCUACUGCUGGCCAGAGCUGAGCCAUGAGCAAUGCUUGUUGGGAAAAACUGAUGCACAACAGCAGCUGGGAAAGACAACUGAGAAAUGUGAAAGUAGGUCUGCAGCCAUCAUCAUUGGGGUAGAAGGAGGGCAGGAGGUGCUCCAGAGGCUGAGUAGGAGAUUCUUGCAGCCCAGGAGAAGCCUGCCCACGGUCCACCACACAAAGCAGAUUUCCACAUGUAGCCCCACAGAGAACACACAGCACAGAAGGAAAAUGUAGCUUGAAGAAGGCUGCAGCUCACAGAGAGCUCCUGCAAGAGUAGGCUCCAGAGCCAGAGCUGCAGCCUCUGGAGCAGAGCCCACAGUGGAACAGGAGAUCUGAGGGAGCUGCUGCCAGUGGGUCUUCGUGCUGGAACAGUCUGCUCCUGAACGAUUGGCCCCAUGGUACAGAGCCAUACUGGAGCAGUACUUGGAGAGCUGCAGCCUUUGGGAAACCACCCAAGAAGGAUUCAUUCAGGAAAGACAGUAUGUGAGAGCGAUGCCACACUGGAGCAGGGGCAGAGAGCAACAGUGAAGGAACAGCAGAGACACACAUUAUGGACUGACUGCAGCUCCCAUCCCUCUGCACUGCUCAGAGGAAGGUAAAAAGAGUGGAUAGGAGAGAAGGUGUGCCUGCUUUUGUUUCUCACUGCUCUAGUCUCUUAGCAAUAGGUAAUACAUUAAAUUAAUCUCCCUGCACUAAGUUUGCUUUGCCCAAAGCAGUAAUUUGAGAGUGAUGUCUCUUGUCCUUAUCUCAACCCAUCCCAAUCUCACAGUAUUUACUCCUCUUAUCCUUUUGAGGAAGGAUAGUGAGAAACGGGUGUAUUAGAGCUAAGGUACCUGCUGAUGUGAAACCACCAGACUUGCAAACAGUAUACAAAUAGAACAUACUUGCAAGCUAGUUUUAAUUGACCAACCACUGCUAAAAAUAAAAUAAAAUAAAUAAAUAAAUAAAGAAUUCAAAUAAUAUGCUUAUUAGCACAGUUGCAGGAAAAAAAAAAAAACAGUAUCUGUGAAAGUCGACAUGAAAUUUUUUUGCACCAAUUAAUAUUCAACAUAAUCUGAUUUAGCUCCUGUUACCUUUUGCCACUGAAAGGCUGAAAACUUGCCUUUACCACCCAAAGCAUGUUAUUUGAGGUCUGAACUCAGGUUUUGAAGAUGAUUACAUUUGUACAGAAUAACUAUUACUAAUCCUUGUCAACUGAAAGUUGUUGUUGAUGAAUACUCAAAGUUGUGCUUUCUCUUCUAAAUACUAUUCUGGCUGAACAAAAAUAAAUUACAGCAUCCACUAUGUACUGGCAUACACUUUACAAAGGUAAGACAAGUAUGAAAAGUAUGUAUUAUUUCUUAAUGUUGCUCAUUGUCUCCAGUUAGAAAAGUGAAGAACACUGGACGGUUAUUUACAAAGAGCUUUGGGAAAUGCAAUGGUUAGUCACCUCUCACAUUUUGUGAACAGGGAGACUGCAAGAAAAGAGAGGGGGGAAGAAAAAAAUAAAUCUUUAGGAGCACAUAUCCUGACACAUCUGAGAUUUAAUAGUGUUUGUUAUUCUAUUAUUACUGGUAAGAAAGGAGCAAACAAGAAGCCUCAGUCAAGUACUACUUUAAACUUUAUAGUCAAACAGUAAUGCUGUGUAAUGCAGCCUAUUCAGAGAAAACAACAACAACAAAAUCAGUCACACCAAACUGUAAAAUGAUUUAUUUUCACUGCAAUUGUACUACCAUCUCAGGUACUAUGAAGUAUUUUGCCUUCUGAAGCAUUCAGGAAAUUACAGAUAGAAAUAGGUAUUUCUACAGACUUUGUAAGCUCCUGUGUUCAUAUGUAGGCACCCAAGUACCUUUAAAAAUCUUGAAGGUCUACAUUAUACGUAGCUCCUUCACUGAUGGAUGUCUCAUUUUCCAAGCUACCUGUCACUUCUUGUAUAUGUCAACAAAAGGGUUGCUGUUUUCCUGCAAGACAAAUCCUCAAGUUACUUCAGGCACAAGAAAACUAGGUUUCCAUAGGUCUGCUUAUAAGCCUUUCCUACUAACAGAGAACAAAGAUUUUAAAAGCAGACACUAUCAACAGUAACAUAAUCUUAUGGCUAAAAACAAUGUAACAAUGCACUUAUGCCACCUUCCUGCAUAUAGGGACUCACCUGCCCCAAAACAACCUUAUGCACCUCACCCUGGCUUAUACCAGCUUUUACUGUAUUUUCCCCUUAAGCUGAUUACUUGCAAUUUAGCUAUGCCAUAAGCAAUUUUCACACUCAGUCUUCCCCUUCAAUUUCUGUAUGGGCCCUCCUUUAUCUAUGAACGUAACUAUGUAAGAGUAUGCAUUAUCAAAAUUGAUAUUGUAUAUUUUCAAGUGAGAGAUUUUUUGGCGUUUAAAUAUCUUUAAUAGCCAAAUUUCCAUUGCCCUUAUAUAGGUACUGUUAGUGAAUAAGGUACUGUUUGUGAAUUUUAUUCAACACACCACAACAAAACUUAUGGAAGAACUAGCACGAAAACCUUUUUCAGUACUUUAUUCCUUAGUUUGCCUUCUAAAGAUCUCUGAGUUUUCUAAUUAAGUUAUCAUGCAAACAUAAAACUUCUUUCCUUGUCACCCCCUAAUAACUUGCCCCAGAAAGGAGAAUGCUGUCCAGGACUGCUAUUUAAAAGAAAGCAACUGUCAUACUAAAAAUUAAUUUCUCAAAAAUUCACAACUGAUACUGAAAGGAUAUAGGUAAAUCUAUCUUAAUCCAGCUAUGACAGUGCAGAAAAAGGCUAUUUUUCCAGUUGCAUUUUUAACUUUUUUUUUAAAGCCAGGCAUAAACACUUUCAAAACAAACAAACAAAAAGGAAUUUGCACUCAGGCUUUAGAGCUGUAACACUCUUUUCUUACUGGGAAAAAUAAGAAUAAUUUAAGUAAUAAAAUGCAAUUCCCACCUCCCCUGCAGACUACCAAACUAAAACAUACACCCUCCCUUAGAAACUCAAAGGACAGCAAGAGGAGGGAAAACAAUCCUGAAAUUCAAGAGCUGAAACUUUCCAAUCUGGAAGCAGGCUUUCAAACAACUAAAACCUCUAAACCUUACUUAAACUUGAAGACAAACAUCACAGGAAGAUGUAAAACAUCAACAAGAGCGGAUACUGUCAUACAUAACUUUGUUUUUCCAAAGAAUAGAGCUUUAAAAAGUUUAGAACAGUCUUGAGAUGUGGCUAAGACAAUAUUUAUCUGGACACUCUUCUGGUAAGAACUCUGAAGAACUGCACCCCGAUGACACCAACAGUGGCAUGGUAAGAUGCAGGCUGGUGUCAUACCAGGAAUGUUUCUCUACACAUGGGCAGUGGAAUGCAAACCAUUGUUGUUUAUUCUUGGUACACCAGGUAUUUGAGGAUUAUUUCUUAUCCAAGGUUACAGUGGCACCAUUGGAUAUCCUUCAUAUUCAUCAUUUAUUUCUAUCCAAAAAUACAGAAUACACUUUCUGCAGAUGCAUGGAUGAGAAAUAAUGAUAAUACAAACUAUAUUAAGUUCAUUAGUACACUUUUUAUAGUGGACACUGACGCACAAACUUUGAAAUCAGAACUUGUCCAAGCCAAACCUUCAAGAUUAUUCUCUUGAUUUUGAAAAGGCAAAGCAGGAAUAAAAACCCAAAAUUACGCUGCACUAUGAUUUCAUGUAGACUCUACAUUUGGAAAGCUUGCAUUGACUUAGCAGGCUAGUCUGAAGAAAAACGUUUCUUAUCAAAUGGCUAGUAUAAACCUCCAUGCUUGUUUUUUUAGAGCUUCCCUUGAAAUUAAAAAUACACUUACUGGUUUUUCAAGUACUAUUGGAUGAUCAGGCAGAAACUCUGGCUUCUUUUGAGAGAGAGAAACGCUUGAAAGCUCCAAAAGGAAAUCUCUGCUGUAUUUGAUCCUUUCUGUAAAUACACAUAAUUAAGCUCAAUGUUGAUGUUUAAUGCUCCUAAGUAGAGAAUGCAGAGAACUGCUCUGUCUUCUUGUUAAAGAGGGACAUAAAUGUAGUAAGGGACAUAGUUUAGUGGGGAAAUACUGGUGGUAGGUGGAUGGUUGGACUAGAUGAUCUUGGAGGUUUUUUCCCCUAUCUCGGUAAUUCAAUGAUUUUAGACAGAAAUUCUGCUUUUAUAUAAAAAACAUUAUUAAAAACAAUACUAACUCAAGCCUGAUCUUGUAUGUUGGUAGUAAAUUACAUAGCACUUUACUUUAUUUCUGUCACACUGACUUAAUAAAUACAGUAGACUGUUCCAAGCUAUUAAGGCUUUGUUGUUUGUUUGUUUUUUUAAUACAAAAGAACGCAAAAAGUGAACCCAAUUUUAUGCUACAGACUCCCUGUAAUUUGUUCAACAAGGAAAUACCAGUAAUUGGUCUUGGAACCCCGGAAGACAGUCUCUCUGAAACUCACAAAAAAGUAGCAUGUUUCUUCAAGGCAAAUAAAACUUAAGUCUCAGCACUCUACCACUGGACGUUUCCCAGCUCACUUGUGGCAAACAUUUACACUUACAUGGAACGUUAUGGGAAAAACAGUAAUGUUUCGCACUGCUCUGAAGUUGUGUUAUAGAAAGGAAACAAAACUCUCAACUAAUAAUAGAAGCAAAACAACCAAUAUGUAGCCCACAUCCCUUCAAAAUUCAUUU